AUGCUGGUAUCGGUACCAUACGGUGUAUAUUUCAUAUUUGCAUCUGUCAACUUCGUUAUGGCAAUCCUCGCAUUUUGGAUACCCGAGACUAAAGGUAUUUCAUUGGAGCGUAUGGAUGAACUUUUUGGAGGUGCCGACUUGUCUCACAUAGAGGACGUUGGUGUCGUUGCGCAAAAAGCCGAUGUUGAGGCGGACCUGGAGAAAAGCGAGACCGUCUAUGCUUCCAAGCACUAA